GAUGACACGCGCCGCCAUUUCUGGACACGCCCACAUGUGACAUCCUCCAGCCCGUGUCUCGUGACAUCAGUCAGCUGUGAGCUUCUCUUCUCGGUCCCGGGUCUUAAAUGUCGUGUUGUCCAGCGGGUUCAGAGUAAACUGUUCUGAGGUCAUCUCUGCAGCCGCUGAGGAUGUUGUCUCGCCUGCUGAAGGAGCACCAGGCCAAGCAGAAUGAGCGGAAGGAGCAUCAGGAAAGACGAAGGCGUGAAGCCAUAGCUGCAGCCACCAGUCUGACAGAGGCCAUGGUGGACCACCUCAACGUCGGGGUUGCUCAGGCGUAUGUAAACCAACGUAAGCUGGACCAUGAGGUGAAGACUCUCCAAGUGCAGGCGAGCCAGUUCUCCAAACAAACUGCUCAGUGGAUCAGUAUGGUGGAGGGGUUCAACCAGGCCCUUAAGGAAAUUGGUGAUGUGGAGAACUGGGCGCGCAGUAUUGAGAUGGACAUGAGGACCAUUGCCACAGCUCUGGAGUACGUACACAAGGGCCCGCUUCAGUCUGCUUCCUCAUAAACUACAUGAGCAACACUGGGAUGAAACAGAAAUCCACCUGACCCCCGUCACAGAGAUGCAAGGAGCAGUGACUUUGCCCGUAGCCACUCCUCUCUGACUGGGCUAAUGCUGAAGAUUACUUUGUGCAGAGCGUCACUGCUUCAGUGUGAGCUACAAUAUUACCCAGGGCAGCCACACUGUGAUGCUGGAGUUCAGAGAUCAGAGUGUACAAUGAAAUGGGUCGAAUCGCUGACUUCACUUGACAAAUAACAGGAAAUGAGUAAUUGUGGAAGAAACUUGAACAUUAUGGAAUUGUAAAGGUUUUGCAUGCAACAACUUAGUAUUUCUUUUAGUAAAAGGUUAAAGGGGCCUGACAUCGCCAACUGUUUCAUUGUAUGGAGCAGAGACUGUAAAUAAUGAUGGUCGACGCGUCUCAGAUUGUAUUAAAAAAAAGAGUCAGUGUCAGCUGUCAAUCAUGACAUUUUUACCCCAUUUUUAUAGCAUCAAAUGACAAAUUAAAAUCCAACUUAUUUGAAUCAUGAACACUUGAACAUACAUCAUUGUGAUAAGACCUGCUUAAAAUGACAGGAUAUGGAGGAGGUGGGGGUUAUUACCUAUAAUGCAGCCAACAACCAGGGGGCGAUCAUGGUCAUUUGGCUUCAAUUUGGGGAGCUGACAUUUCGUCCAUAUUUACAGACAGUCUACGGUCUGUUGUUUUUUAAAAGGCCUUGUUUCAGCACCUGAUACCUAAAAUAUGUGUGUCUAUUUUUAUUUAUUUUACACCUGUGUA